UAUUGCCACUGCGGAGGCCAAACUGAAGGCAGAGCUGAAGAGCAGCUACCUGACAAUCCUGGACAAGAAACGUCUGACCAUGUGCAAACAAGAGCUGGAGAGUAUGGUAGGAGAGGCCGAGAUGCUGGGAGAGAGGAAAACAGCAGCAAGAGGAGUGAAAGAAAUGCUAGAAGAAGCAACUAAGCUAGCGCAAAAGCUACGCUUCCUCGUGGAGGAGCCCCAACACACGGUCCCAGACAUGUUUGUGUGGUUGCUAAGCAAUAACAAACGUGUUGCAUACGCCAGACUUCGAACCAGAGACCUGCUUUACUCCAGCAACCGGGAGGCCAGAGGAAUUCUCUGUGGGAAGAUAGUAACACUGUUUCUGAAGCCUCCAGGGAAGCGACCUGCAGCAUUGUCGGUCCAAGCCAAGCUGGACGUGUACCUGUGGUUUGGAGCUUGCUCCGACUCCAGCCAUAUGCUGGAUGACCUGCCUGCAGGAUACAGUCGAGCCACAGAGGGCGCUGACACCAACAGCCCUCCUUCUUACCUGCUUUGCAUGGAGCAGCACAAGUUCCAGCUGCGGUGCCACAUGUAUCAGGCUCGAGGUCUGAUCGCCGCAGACAACACGGGGCUGUCCGACCCAUUUGCGCGGGUCACGUUUCUCUCACACAGCCAAACCACCAAUAUCAUCAGUCAGACUCUCAGUCCUACAUGGAACCAUUGUUUGCCAAUGAGCUCCGUUCUGUUAAGUGGAGACCUGCAGCACAUCCAGGAGGAGCCUCCUCACGUUGUUGUUGAGGUCUACGAUGAUGACGCUCUGGGAAAAGCAGAGUACCUGGGAGCCACGGUGGCAGUCCCUGAGGUGCGCUUGGCCUCUGAGCCCUACACCCCACCUCUUCUGCAGUACAGCCCACUUCACUGUGGCAGCCAGUCAGGAGGAGACCUGCUGGCUGCAUUCGAACUGCUGCAGAUUUCAGAGUCUGGCCAGAUGAGUCUGCCAGAGUUAGAAGAACAGGAAGGAGGCAUUUAUACUGUUCCUGCCAACAUCAGGCCAGUUCUCAGCACCUACAGGCUGGAGGUUUUGUUCUGGGGGCUGAGGGAGCUAAAGAAGGUUCAGCUCCUGUCUGUCGAUCGGCCACAGGUGUUCAUAGAGUGUGCGGGUAAAACUCUGCGCUCCUCAGUCAUCCAGAAGUACAAAUCCAACCCAAACUUCACCACACUGUUAGAUGCCAUAGAGCUGGAGUUACCAGAAAACGAACACCUCCAUCCUCCUCUCAGCAUCACCGUCGUUGACUGGCGGGCCUUUGGCCGCAGCACACUGGUUGGAAACCACAUCAUCAACAACCUCAAGGCCUUCAAGUACACUCCCCCUCCCACUCCCCCUCACACAGUUCAGUUACACAAACCACCUGAGGUCACACACACCCCAAGACCCUCCCUGACACCAGAGCCACACAGCAUUAAGGGGCUGUCUCAGGAAGCUAUGGAGACCCGUUCAACUGUGACCCUAACUAACCAGGACUUCCUCAUAACUGUGGAGGAUGAAGCUCCGCUUCCAGCUCCGCCCACACCAAGGCCACAACCCAAGAAGAAAAAGGAGAGGAGCUCAAAGAGCAUCCACCGGUCCACUAAGAGGAGGAGGCGAACCAUUGCUGACGAGUCUGCAGAGUCCGUCAUUGACUGGUGGUCCAAAUACUACGCUUCUGUGGACAAACAGGCUAAACAGAAGGACAGCUUCCAACUACCUAGUGUGUUUGACAAAGUCAGCAGCCAAUCAGAUGGAGACAAGAAGAAGAAACAGAAAGGAAAGGAGACACUGGAGCUCAGCUAUGUCUUACCUACUAAAAUCGCAAAACUCCAGCUGUACAGUAAGGAGCUGGAGGCAGAGUUUGGUCCAUUUGAUGAUUGGGUCAGCACAUACGAGCUGUUCAGGGGGAAGGCCAAUGAGGACGAGGGAACGUCCGAUGAGAGAUUUGUUGGGAAGUUCAAGGGUCGAUUCUGCCUCUAUAAGCUAAGUGAUGAAGACGAGGAGGACGGGGAAGACGUCGUGGACACAGGUCACUACAGGGUGAACAGAGGAAUCCCCCCAAACACUUCAGUCCAAGUUCUCAUCCGGGUUUACAUCGUCUCUGCGUCCAACCUGCAUCCAGCCGACCCAGAUGGGAAGGCCGACCCUUACAUUUUUCUUCGCCUUGGGAAAAAUGAAAUCAAAGACAGAGAUAACUACAUACCAAAACAGCUGAACCCUGUUUUUGGACGGUCCUUUGAAAUGCAGGCCACGUUUCCUCAGGAGUCUCUGCUGUCGUUGCUCAUUUAUGACUAUGACCUGGUGGGAGGCGACGACCUGAUUGGAGAGACUCGCAUUGAUCUGGAGAACCGCUUUUACAGCAGGCACAGAGCUACAUGUGGACUGCCUAGCGAGUACAGUCUAGGGGGUUACAACGCCUGGAGAGACAGCCUGAAGCCGUCAGAGCUGCUGGCAAAAAUGUGCAGAGACAACGGAGUGGACGGUCCUCAUUUCAGUCCAGGACGCAUCACCGUGGCUGACAAAGUCUUCACAGGGAAGACUCUCUACAUGCACGACGACGAGCCGGUGGAGUCGUACGAGCACCUGUCUCUGAAGGUCCUGCACCGCUGGGCAGAGAUCCCAGCUGUGGGAUGCAAACUGGUACCAGAACACAUCGAGACCAGAACUCUGUACAACAAAGCCCGGCCUGGAAUGGAUCAGGGUCAGGUCCAGAUGUGGGUGGACAUGUUCCCAAUGGACUUACCACAUCCAGGACCGCCAGUGGACAUUUCUCCAAGAAAACCAAAAGGGUACGAACUGCGAAUCAUCAUCUGGAAUACAGAAGAUGUGAUUCUGGAAGACACUAACUUCCUGACCGGUCAACAGUCCAGCGACAUCUACAUCAAAGGCUGGCUGAAAGGUCUGGAAGAUGACCGCCAGGAAACCGAUGUCCACUAUAACUCUCUGACCGGAGAGGGAAACUUCAACUGGCGCUUUGUGUUCCCCUUUAGCUACCUGCCUGCUGAAAAGGUGGUGGUGGUGAAGAAGAGGGAGCACAUCUUCUCUCUGGACAAAACUGAGCAGAAACUUCCUGCCAUCCUCAUCCUGCAGGUCUGGGACUUUGAAACGCUCUCCUCUGAUGACUUCCUAGGCACGCUGGAGUUGGACCUCCAUGCAUUUCCCCGUGGAGCAAAAACAGCCAAGUCGUGUAAGGCUGACAUGUUGACGGAAGUGACAGACAGAAUCUCCAUCUUCCAGCAGAAGAGAGCUCGAGGCUGGUGGCCUUUCAGCAAGUCUGGAGAGCUCACGGGAAAAGUGGAGGCAGAGUUCCACCUGGUGACAGCUGAAGAGGCUGAGAAGAAUCCUGUUGGCAAAGCGCGGAAGGAGCCGGAGCCGCUGCCCAAACCAAACCGCCCCGACACGUCCUUCUCCUGGUUUGUCAACCCUUUCAAGUGUUUUUUCCACCUGGUGUGGCGCAACUACAAGAAGUACAUCAUCAUCGCCCUGGUCCUGCUGAUCACUGUGCUGUUCCUGGCCCUGCUGUUCUACACGCUGCCAGGAGCCAUCUCUCAGAAGAUUAUCAACGGAUAACGGGAAAUACAUUUACAUAUUCAGCCCCGUCAGUCUGAUUUGUGUGAUGUAAAAAUGUAAACUGAUGUCUCAAACACCCAGAGGCAAAAAAAAAAAAAAAAAAUAACCUGCUUGACUGCUGAUGUAGUUUAGCAAACAACUCAGGACAGGACAGAACCUUCAGAGUAUCAUGACAAGGAGCCGUGAAAACCUUUUGCUGGACGUUCUGCUCAGGUAAAAUGAACGAGCCCUGCUUUUUGUGUUCCGACUCCAUGUUUUGUACAAACCAACUCCACAUUGCGGUGAAUAACAACAACAACACUGGUUGGCACUGGGAAAGCUUUUGAAAUGAACACAGAGAACACAGUUUGAGGAAAACAAUAUUUAUUGGAAUUAACUUUUUUAUUAUCAACACUAAGCAUGUAGAGCAGGAGUGCUCAGGUCCAGUCCUCUGGAGCCACCGUCCUGCAACGUUUGGAUGCAUCCUUAACUCCAACAGACCUCGAUCAAAUGGCUGAAUUCCCUCACCAGCAGUCACUCGGCUCUGAACAGGCCUGGUAACGAGACAUUCAUUUGAUUCAGGUGUGUUGGAGCAUCUGAAAGUUGCAUCCUGGUAGCUCUGGAGGACUGGAGUUGAGCAUCCCUGAUGCAGAGUAACAUUAGUGAUACUUUGAAUAAUGCAUCCCAUGAUUCACUGUAUUGUAAAAAAAA